AUGGGAUCCGACAAGGCCCGGCCCGCCUAUGUGGAGGAGGAGGACGAGACGUCGGGAAAGGCCGUGCGAGGAACCAGGCGUAGCGCCGUCUCUAGAGAGAAGCCAAAAGUAUCGCACAAGGAAACGAGGACAGGCAAGAGCAGGAGAGAAUCGGCGUAUCCUGCAGAGCAGAGUACCAAUCUUGCGCAACAUAUCGAAGUCAGCAACAAAGAUAAGGCAGUGAAACUCGAGCGACGCGGUUCGACGAGCAGCAGUACCAAGUCGCCUCGGAAGUCCAACAGGCCUCCGUCCGCUCAUGGCAAUCGUGCCUUCCCUCCGCUUUCGAUACCAAAUAGCUCGACGAGACCAGAGUCGACUUAUUAUGGAAUUCCAUCGCCUGCCGUUCAAACACCUGGCGGAUCGCAUAAUCUUGCAAUCCGACCACGAGCGCAGACGUCGCAAACAUAUCCAAGACCGAGCAGCUAUUACUCGGCCUCAACUUCUCAGGGAAGUGCUGGUCCUCCACUCUCAUAUUCAGCAUUCUAUCAAACAAAUCCUAUCAUGAAUCCUUCCUACCCUCCCCCUUCCCCCUCAUCAUCCUACAUGCGAUACGCCGCAACACCACAGCCAUCACAACCCCAAUAUUCCGUCGCCCCAUCUUAUCAGGUUGCUGGCGGCGCGGAUUAUUUUACACCACACGCCAUGUCCCGACCAUUGGCUUCACGAUUUGAUCCCAUCGCUCGCACUCAGUCUGCCAUGGACACUGUCCCUCGAACCAGCUCGGCUUUUGGGACUCGAGAUAUGAACCCUCGGCCCAUUCAUGAGAGCUAUAGUUACGAGCCACCAGGUGGAAGUUAUUAUGAUGAUGGCUAUACAUCUGCGAAUGAAGUUGCUACAAUUCGGAGGAAAGAUAGAAGGGGUAGCAUUCGUGUUCCACCUGCUCAGUCAACUUACAGCAAAGCGGAUCAUGAUUCAAUUACUAUGCCACCACCCACAACUCGUCCAGGGAUCCUUCGAAGGACGACUGCUGAUUACUCUCUCGAGCCAGCUCAAGAUUUGGAGUAUCGCGAUACUCGGACACAAUAUCGCGAGGAGCCAAGGCCACGUCGGCCCAGCAUUAAUCGACACUCUGUUUCGUAUGAUCUCGACAGGGGAUCUGAGGGGGUGAGACUUGAGCCAGCCAACACUGGUCGGAGGAGACAGAGCUGGUAUGAUCAAGGAGCAUCUUCUGGAACAGGCGCCUCUAGCGCGUACGAGGACAAAUUGAAUUCAGCUGCCAACUACCAAGAGGAUGUCGGUGGACCCACAGUGCCUCUCACGGCCGAAGUCUUGAGGCGACAACAGAGAAGAGAAGCUGGCAGCAGCAGAAGCACUAAGAGCAGUGCUAGUCGGGAUGAGAGCGAUUACAAAAAAUCCGCGACGACUCGGACAACGAGAAGUGGAAGCGGAGGAGAUGAUGAGAAUGUGACGAUCAAGGUCACAGGUCAAGCUCGCGUUAUGGUCGGCGGAGCUCAGAUCGACUGCACGGAUGGUGGAGCCAUCGAAAUCAAGCGAAAUCAACGCCUUGGAAGGACCGGGAGCGAGCGAUCCAAUUCAGAGUAUGGGGAGAACAGACGUAUCGAAGACCGUCAAAGCCGUGUCACCCGGCCAUCCGCACGCUCAAGGAUGAGCUCGCAAUCAGCGCAAUCGUAUACUCGGUCACCACAGUAUCCUCCUAUGGAUAACUAUAUUUGA